GCCUCAUGGUGACUCCGUCGGGGUACCGGACGACCGUGAGGCAGACGGCUCUUCACCAGAGGGCUGGUGCGAUGCACGCGGCGGACAUGGUGGAGCUCAGUUACUGGGACACAAGCAUCUGUUUCCACCUCCUCUUCAGCGAAGCUGUGAAGCACCCGGAGAUGCUCCUCGAGUAGGGAGAGGAGGGGGCUGCGGACGGA